AUGUUGAAGAUUUUGGCUGUUAUUUUGUUGGCUCUCACAACAGUGUUCAGCCAGCAUCUGUACGAUUAUUACCAUGAUUUACAUCUUCCCCAUUCACCCCCACUACAUCCAGUCCUCGCCGUGGCUCCAAGAACUCAAUUCUCGUGUGCAGCAAGACCCAGAGGGUACUACGCUGAUGUGCAGACAGGAUGUCAGGUAUUCCACUUCUGCUGGCGACAUCACCUCAUCAGCACCGACUUGUGUUCUAACGGAACACUCUUCAAUGAACAAUUUCAAGUCUGUGAUCAUUUCUACAACGUGAGAUGCGGUUCUCCAUAUGAAGAUUUGUAA